CGGAUCACAUCAUCGCACAAUACGGGCCACUUGCGUGGAUACGAAGCUAUUCAUGGUAAACAACCAUUUCGUCCGAACCAUAAUUCUUCCCAAGAUUUUUGAAAGUGGUUCGCAAGAGUUGUAUUUGCAACAGGAAUAGCGUGAUUCGGAGCGCGGUUUACAAGUAUUAUCAGGGUGACUGUCAACAAUAUCGACGGAUUUCAAAAUCUAGAUCACGGCAGAUCUUCCACAUGAAGUUCCUCAGUAACGUCGAAGCGGCGAUCACCAGUACUAGCUUGGUGAUGUCCGCCAGAGUUCCGGACCAAUAGACAGGUAGUAUGUCAUUGUGAAGUUAAUGCCCGUGGACACAGGUUAUUAGUGAAAGUGACAGUCACUAACAGCGAGGGGGUGAAAUAGUGUUCGACGGGAACAGUACGAGAGUAUAGCAGGAGGCGGCCAGUCUUACAAGCGAAGAGAAAGACAAAUAAGGAGGAGGAGAGAAAAAAAGGAGGAGGAGAGAAAGAAAAAGAAGGAGGACGGGGAAGGAGAAGAGGAAGGAGGAGAAGAAGAAUAAGAGGAAGGAAGAGAGAGAAGUAGAUGAAGAAGCAGCAGGAGCAGAAGAAGGAGGAGAAGUAGAAGUAAAAGGAAGACGAAGAAAAGGAGAGAAAAUAUCAAAGCAAGGCGUAAGGCAAAGUUGCCUUGAAUAUCAGUGAGACAAGGUCAUCAGACAAUUUGUACCAUAAUACCGAACUUAUUUGUAUUUAAAGUGUAUGGUUGAAACGAAACCAUGGGAUCAAAGAGCUCCAAGACAUCUCCGAAGCCGAGAGUUGAAGGAGAAGAUGGAGCCGAUGGCGCCAGCAGCAGCAACAAGAGGAAUCACCAUGGAGAGACGUCUCUGAAAACGUCAAAAACGGACCCAAAGAGCUCCAAACGGAAACCCAAACGGAAGCUUACUCUGGACCCUCAGUUCUAUCGCGGCAAGGAUGUCCUAGCCGUCUUGAAAGCCGAGCAACAAUUGCGGGACAGUACACUGGACAUCAAGAGCAAGCUGACGCAGUCGAAGAAGUCGCUCAGGUCGGACGCUUCGGCAUCGGACGCGUCUUGGUACACGGAUAACAGCUCUGUGGAGCUCAUUGAUCACGAAGCCUUCCAGUACCCGUUUGAGAAUGUGAUCUUUGAAGGUGGUGGAAACAAAGGUUUGGCCUACGCGGGUGCUAUCAGGGAGCUCGAACGUGUCGGCAUAUGGAGGAAUGUCAAACGCCUAGGAGGGGCUAGCGCGGGGGCCAUGACAGCUACCCUCAUGGCGAUUGGCUACAACUCUUGCGAACUGAAGGAAUUUCUUAGCAUGAAUCUCGAAGGCUAUUUCCUUGAUGCGACGUGCGCCUCCUGUAGUCUACUACCAAACCUGCUAAAGCAUUUCGGUUGGCAUCCUGCACGCCGUCUCUUUGAGUGGUUCGGAGACAGACUGGAAGAAAAGACUGGUGAUGCCGAUAUUACCUUUAAGCAGCUGUACGACCAAACGGGCAAGGAGCUUUGUAUCGUGGUCACCAAUCUCAAUCACAUGGAUGCCGAGUAUUGUCACGUGAAGACUUCACCCAACCUGCCGAUCCGGACCGCAGUGCGCAUGUCUCUAGCUAUCCCAGGUUUGUUCGGUGCUGUAAAGAGUGAGACACGGGGAAGUUCGGACUAUUACGUCGAUGGGGGCGUGCUCUGCAACUAUCCAUUGCAUUGCUUUGACGGUUGGUGGCUUUCUAUGAAACCAGGAGACAGCAUGUUGAGAAGGUUGCAACCACUUGAAGACAUCGGCAAGCUAUGGGACAAAAAGGAACGCUUUGGAACCGUUAACCCGAAGACUAUUGGACUCGUCCUCUACAGCAGCGAUGAACAAGACGUCAUGGUAUCAAAGCUCCAGAAGCGAAAAGUGCAUAAUGUCGUUCGACCUGACACGAAACUUUCCAAAGAAAGGAAAGCAGUCAAAGAAGUCAAGGACCAUGCCGUGCGCGAGCACGCCAUCAUCACCUCCGCUUUGUCGGGCUUUCUUCGUCUCCUUGCCGAAAGCGACGUUGACGAGAGCGGGACGAUCACGAGGAAAGAACUCGUGCAGGCAUUCGACAAGGAGGUGGAUUACUUUACGGAGGGGCAGUGUCGAACUCUUUUCGGUGAUAACUACAAAGUCAAUGAUAUUUUCGACUGCUUGAAUCACGAGGGUGACGAUGAGAUAACAUAUGAGGAGUUACAAGCUUUCGCCGAGAAACGGGGCGUGGCAAUCCAAACCAAUUUCGAGGGAUACGGGAGGAGAGAAAUCAAAUCGUUUAGCCAGUUCCUCGGUGCUCUCACUGACACCCUGCUCGUCAAUGUCAAAAGAAUCUUCACCACCGAUGACGAUAUCAGCCGAACGAUUGGAAUCGAUACAGUCUACGUUGAUACAACUGACUUCGAACUUGAAGAGGGCGACAUCAAAUUCUUGUUUGAGCAAGGAGAAGGAGCGGUUCGUUCUUAUCUUCGCAACUACGUCCGGCUUCACGACCCGCCACUGAGGAAAGAACUGCAAGGCGGCAGUGUGACAGAGAGCACUCUGCCCUACAAAGAGCCCAAGCAGCAGCUCCACAACGCAGAUCCCGACCCAUCCCGCGAAAGCAAGUCUGGUUCUCCCGUUCUUUCCCGCACCAAUUUGCAAAUGCACACGUCCCUUAGCCUGAACGCAACUUCGCAGGAACCACUGAGAAGAGCGCCUUCAGCGCUAAGUAGCCUGGAUGGCGGGCCGCCAAUUCUUGUCAUACAACCUAAGGAAGAUACGCGAGAACCAUCACCGGCCAGGCGCGACGUUACGCCGAUGGGCGACCUACCAAGGAACUCUCCAAGUCCAUCUCCAAGAGCUAACGACGGGGAAAAGUUGGUACGGGUGAAGAGAGGAACCAGGUCCCCGAAGGACAUGUCGAACAAUGCCUUUGAUACUCACGAUUUGUGAGAAGCAUCCAGGCAUACAUGUCAGUUUUUUCGGUAGAUCUGAUUUCUUUCUUUUUUUGUGAGGGGGAUGACCUUUUACUCCGUGCUCAGGGCGUCAAUUGCAUAUAGAGAGACAUUGGGUUAGGGUUACAGUUGCACUUGGGUUUUAAGUUAGGUUUAGGGAUAGACUUAGGUUAAAGGGAAAUCCAACCCAAAUAGACAACUACUCUAAAAGAAAGCAGAAAAACCAGAGAAGCAAACUGAUGAAAGUUUCAAUUAAAUCUGACUAAAUAUAAGAAAGUUAUGAAUUUGUGAAAGUUGUAAUCACUAUUAUAAUAGGGGCCUACGUACGGGCACUUCAAUGUCAAUGUGAUGCAUAGUGCCGGACUACUUUCCCUUCUGUGCCAACGUUCCAACAUAUAAAAUGACUAAAAUUUUAAGUUUUCAAAAGUUCAUUGAUCAGGAGGGUCAUUCUUUUUAGAGGACCUACAAUAACAUGCUAUCAAUAAUAUAUUUUGAGAAUGCCAUAAGGGAGAAGAAACUUGCGAGAAAGCAGAAAAUGAUGAUAUGUUGUACAAGGCAAAAGGGAGAGUAAGCCACGUCCUACGUCACAAUAAUUAUUAAUCCACUGACCGAACUACCAAUUUAAGAUUUUCAUAGGCUUGAUGAUCUCAUAUUUCAAACAUUCAUUACUUUCUUAUUAUUGGCCCGAUUGAUUUCAAACUUUUGCCAUUCUGUUCCUGUAAUUUUUUAGCUUUCAUACAAAUCAACUUAUUACAAGGGGUAGAUUGCCCUUUAAGAAUUUUGUCAGGAUAGGGAAUUGACACCAAGCAAUUAUUGUCGCAAGAGCAAGUAUCACAUAAACAAUUUUUGUAUCUAUUUAUGUAAGAUAUCUUUUUGCUUCAAAUAACUGUAUUCCAAACACAUUUGUCUGUUUUCUACUACUGUACUUCUUUAACCCCGUAGUGAUAGGUCUAAUUUACUUUCACAGAGGAGAAACUUUACUUUCAAUGAAUUGAAAAUAGUAAUGUCUAUUUAAAUUCCUGUUAAAAAGACAUAAAUGGCCAAGCUUGAACUUGGCAUCUGGUGUAAAUUUAGUAGAAUACCGGCUAAUGUCUUCACUUGUCUCAACAAUGUUUUGUCUUUUUUACAAAUUUUUGUCUUUCAUGCAUAAAGUUACAUGUAUUUGUACGAAGUGUUUAAAUGAUGUAUUUGUACGAAGUGUUUAAAUGAUGUAUUUGUACGAAGUGUUUUAAAGUAAUAUUCCAUGCAUAAAGUUACAUGUAUUUGUACAAAGUGUUAGAAUGUAAUGUACAGGGAUGCCAGUUAGAAUUGAUCAGAGGGCCUGAAAAUCACCUAGAAUGAGCUAUGUUGUACACAAAAAAGCCUAAACUAUGGUCUGAAAAUAACUUGCCAGGGCCUGAAUUCAGGCUAUUGCUUGAAAACUGGCAUCCCUGAAUAUAUUGUUGUUACAAAAGAACUUCGGAUGGAUUAUAUAAAUAUUGCUACUUUUCCAAA